AUGUCUGAAUUCUUAGGCUCUCGCAUCUCACUGAUAUCCAAGAGUGACAUUCGCUAUGUCGGAACUCUACAUGAAAUCAACUCGGACGAGUCUACGGUAUCCCUCGAGAAUGUUCGUUCUUUUGGCACCGAGGGCCGAAGGGGAAGACCCGAGGAGGAGAUUACCCCGUCUGAUCAAGUGUAUGAGUACAUUGUGUUUCGUGGCAGUGACGUGAAGGAUCUGCGAAUCGAAGAACAUCCUGGUAUCAAGGAGACAAAACCUCCCGCCAUGCCAGAUGACCCAGCUAUCGUAGGAGUAAGUACAGUACAUCGCAUUGAGUUCCUCUCCUAG